AACUGUCUCGUGGUGCUGCAGUUCUUAGGAGAGUUUGGUAAAGCUUUAGGCUUUAAUGGAAAUACUGAUGUUCCAAACCUGAGUAUUAUUCAAGAGGGAUUGCUGAAUCUAGGGGACAGCAUGGAUAAAGUACAAGACCUGCUUGUGAGGCUCCUGUCAGCUGCUGUGUGUGAUCCAGGUCUAAUUACAGGAUACAAGGCCGAAACAGCUCUUGGAGAACAUUUGCUGAAUGUUGGUUUGAAUCGAGACAAUGUUUCCGAGAUCUUGCAGAUCUUUAUGGAGGCCCGUUGUGGACAGACUGAGCUCACCGAAAGCCUGAGGACCAAGGCUUUUCAGGCCCACACUCCGGCCCAGAAAGCCUCGGCGCUGGCCUUCCUGAUCAGUGAGCUGGCGUGCAGCAGGAGGGUGGUGAGUGAAAUUGACAAGAACACUGAUUAUAUGUCAAACUUGAGGAGAGAGAAAUGGAUGGUAGAAGGUAAACUCCGCAAGCUCCGAAUCAUUUAUGCUAAGAAAGCAGGCAAGAGAGACACUUCAGGUGGCAUCGAUCUUGGAGAAGAGCAGCACGAGUCGGCCACCCCCACUGCAGGAUGCAAGCGAAGAAGGAAGGGCGGGGACAAUGACGCUGAUGGCGACAAGGAGGAGGAGGAGGAAGACAAGGAAGACAAAAAAGGAAAGAAAACUGAUGUCUGUGAAGAUGAGGAUGAAGGUGACCAAGCAGCAAGUGUUGAAGAGCUAGAAAAACAGAUUGAAAAGCUGAGUAAACAACAGAGUCAGUACAGAAGGGAGCUCUUUGAUGCGUCUCACUCUUUACGUUCGAUGAUGUUUGGCCAGGAUCGUUACAGACGUCGGUAUUGGAUUUUUCCCCAGUGUGGGGGGAUUUUUGUAGAAGGCAUGGAGAGCGCUGCAGGGCUGAAAGAAAUUGCAAAAGAAAGAAAAAAACUAAAAAAAGCAGAAAGCAUCCAGACCAAAGAAAUAUUUGAUACUUCUGACGACCCUUUAAAUUGUUCAAAUCCGGAUCAUUGUGAGCAAAAGGAAGAUCCUAACGAAAAAGAUAACACAAAUCUAAUUCUUCAGAAUCCUGGCUCUUUUUCCAAAUUAAGCAAGCUUUUAGAAGUAGCUAAGGUGCCUCCUGAGUCAGAUGUAACGACCCCCAAACCAAAGAGCGGUGCAGAUGGGUGCGCACUGCCUCACAAGAACCGUGGGAGACACUCACCGGGCAGCAUGCAGCCAACGGUGACACAGAACAGCGUGGAAGAGACAGACUCGAAUCUGGUCAGUACCGGUUCAGGUGGUGCAGGCAAGGUCUACAGUCCUCUCCCCAGGGACCAGUUGUUACUGCCAAGAACACCUUGGGAGGACACUUCCCUUACCCAAGCCGAUGCGCCAGCUGCUUCUUCACCAACUCCUCGGGCCCAGCCGCCCUCUAAGUCACCUGCAGCUCUUGAAGUAGCCAAACCAGUAGAUUAUCCUAGUCCAAAGCCUAUUCCAGAAGAAAUGCAGUUUGGCUGGUGGAGAAUUACUGACCCAGAGGAUUUAAAAGCUUUGCUCAAAGUGCUACAUCCCAGAGGCAUAAGAGAAAAGGCAUUACAAAAACAAAUUCAGAAACACCUGGAUUACAUCACUCAAGCCUGCAUCGAGAAUAAGGAUGUUACCAUUAUUGAAUUAAAUGAAAAUGAAGAAAACCAGGUAACUCGAGAUAUUGUGGAGAACUGGUCAGUAGAAGAACAAGCAAUGGAAGUGGAUUUGAGGAUUCUUCAACAGGUAGAAGAUCUGGAAAGGAGAGUCGCAUCAGCAAGUUUGCAAGUAAAGGGUUGGAUGUGUCCAGAACCGGCAUCAGAAAGGGAGGACUUGGUCUAUUUUGAACAUAAGUCAUUUUCUAACUUGUGCAAGGAGCACGAUGGAGAAUUUACUGGCGAAGAAGAAAGCAGUGCGCAUGCACUAGAGCGGAAGAGUGACAACCCCCUAGAUAUAGCUGUAACCAGGCUCUCUGAGUUGGAGCGAAACAUUGAAAGAAGGUAUCUGAAGAGCCCCUUAAGUACCACCAUUCAGAUCAAACUGGAUAAUGUGGGCACAGUUACUGUCCCUGCUCCUGCACCAUCCAUUAGUGGUGAUGAUGACAGAAUUGAAGAGGACAUUGUUCCCGGUCUCAGGGUAUGGCGAUGGGCAUUAUCAGAAGCUCGCAGUGCUGCACAGGUGGCUCUGUGCAUUCAGCAGUUACAGAAAUCCAUAGCAUGGGAAAAAUCAAUUAUGAAAGCUGCAAGUUCACUGAAAAGGGGCCGCAAAGACAGAAAAAGGAAAAUAGAGGAAAACACCUGCAGUACUGGAGUAAAACAAGAAAGCUGUACUCGUGGAAAGAAACUGAAACAGGACAACUCUGACCUGACUCUUGGCAGUACAAGCCCUACUAAAAUGCAAACUCGUCUCAAUAAAGACAUGAAAAAAAGAAAAAUAGAGGAAAACACCUUCAGUAACUUACCAAACCAGGAAAGCUUUAAUUCUGUAAAGAAAAUGAAGCAAGACCACUCCGACCUGACUCUUUCCAGUACCCUUACUGAAAUGGACAGUCAUGAAGAUGCACGGCCUUUUGUAGAACUGCCGGAGCGCAGCACACGGAGUUGUCUGCGUUUCCUCCUCAGGGAUGGAAGACACGUUUUUAUUCAAAGUGCGUAAGCAGCUUUAUAAUAACGUGUGGUAUCUGGGGGUCUCAUCAACAAGAAAUAAAGUGGUUAAACACACACACGGAACAGUCUUUCAAGAAUGAUCAUUUUCUUUUAAACAAAUACAACAUCCCUGAAAAAAGGAAAGCUUGGUGUGCACAUUGGCUACUUUGGGCUGGUGUUUUCAUCACUGGUGGUACAUACUCAGCAGGAGCAGCUGGGCAGGAAGUAGUGG